ACGUCGGUUCCCCUCUCGGCCGAGUUCCUCUCGUGAAAAUGGCGGAAGAAGAGGUAGUGGCGAAUACGGUGGAAGAACCACUAGAUCUUAUUCGUCUCAGCUUGGAUGAAAGGAUUUAUGUCAAGUUAAGAAAUGACAGAGAACUUAGGGGGAAACUACAUGUACGUAAUUUUUUACUUCUUUUCUUCUCUACCGUCUUAAACUUAGUACAGCUGCAGUCUGCAAUUAGCUUAAAUGUAAGUUUAUUAAGGAAGAACUUAACUGAAAAAGUACAAAUCAGAGCUGAAUUGUACAUUUAUUAAACGGAAAAAUUAAGAACAAGGUAAGUGAUAUUCUUUAUAAAGUAAAUCUCGAUGAAAGCCCAUAUCUUGAAAGCGGUUAAAACCGUUAUAGCCAUUUAUCCUGGUGCCUUAGUGGAAGUAAAGGUACUUAUUCUUCGGUUAGACAGUCACAGUAUUUCCACAACACUUGCUGUGACUCAAUGUUUUAACUGUCUGACACCUCAAAACAUAUUGUAAGAGGUUGUGAAGACUUCAAAGUAGCUUAAAUUUUUGUCACAACAUUGUCAUUGGACAUUAGGCUGUGAAAACAGCUGACAUUUCAUGACACCACCACUGGUUUCCUCAUGAAAUAUCGUCUAUAAGGCAAGAGGGCAGAAAUUCCAUACUGAUGAUGUAUCGCUACCCGGAUCUGGGUAGUGCCUCUGAUUGGUCAUGGCAUACUGAAGCAUCAGAUGUCAUUUUGCGGGAAACGAGUGUUGAUGUCACAAAAUGUCAGCUGUUUUCUCAGGCUUCUUUAAUAACAUAAUAAUAAUAACAUUUACUUCUAUAGCGCCAUUUCCAUUGCUGUCCAAUGGUGCUUUACAAUAACAAUUAAUUUUUCUAUAAAAACAGAUUAAAAAAAAAAAAAUAGAAUUAAGCUAUGCAUUAAAAUUUACAAAAUUGUUAAAAUGAAUAAAAAUAUGAAUAAAAUCAAAUAAAAAUCGUAUAAAAAGAAAAUGUAGGAAAUAUGAUCCUAGAAUGAUUAUAUAUUAAAAGCCUUCUUAAAAAGAUAAAUUUAACUAAACGUUUAAAUUGAUUAAGACAACCGCAGCACCUUUCAUUCUUGGGUAAUUCGUUCCACAGAGCAGGGGCUGCGGAUGAGAAGGUUCUGUAACCAUAGGUUUUAGAUUAUAGUACUUACUGACGAGACGAUUGGUAUUAUUGAGAAGAUUUAGGGUUCCUACUCAGUACGUACAGCUUAACUAAUUCGGACAGACAAGUUGAAGCAAGAUUAUUCAGCGCCUUAUAACUUAUUAUUAUUCACUCAAAAUAUUUCCCCGAUUCUGAUUGGCUAAAAGCACACGCGUAGUUCACCAGAACCAGUUUCUGAUGACCAAAUUUGGAAGAAUUUUGUGUUUAACAAGGAAAUGACGUCAAAAAUGCAGCGUUCGUGCAGGUUACAGGAAUUUCAGGCUUUUACAGUUUUUCAUAACUUGCAAGUGCUUAUUAGUUAUUUUGUUAAUGAAAUUUUUUUUUUCACUUGUAAUUAUUAAAUUUGAUUUUUUAUACAGGCUUAUGAUCAGCACCUUAACAUGAUCCUGAGUGAUGUAGAGGAAACUAUAACAACUGUUGAAAUCGAUGAAGAAACAUAUGAAGAACUUUUCAAGGUACAUUUAUCUACAAUAGAAUCAAAUAAUUAUAAAAGAAAUUAUAUAAUCUAAUUCUGUUCCAAUUACUUAGUCCAAUUGAAUUUAAAGUUUUUUGCUUUCCAACUUAUUGGUUCUUCUGCCUCAUCCAGUGUUGAGGUUAAUCUCCAAAUAACCCAGUGUUGGACACUAUAGGGGGACACUAUAGUUGUUUUGUCUUCAGCACCAGUAAAAAAAAAUGACUACGUAAGUGUUCAUUUGUGUAAACAAUGCAGGUGUUUGGGUAUCAAAAUCAUGGUGAUACGUUUGUCUGUGGUACAGGAAAGUGACCUGCUUGUAAACUUCAAACCUAAUGCCUUGUCCUAGCUCCCUACAACACCAAGAAUAUAUGGUGUUCAAUACAUCAGCUUCCACAGCAGAGUCUCCAUUGUAGCCAAUCUGUGUUUAUUUUGCUAGAAUUUCCCUGAGACUGAAUUAAAAGCAGGAUGUGUAAAAAUAAUAACCAUGAAUCAUCGACAAAUAACUCGGGCUGCAGAGGAAUUAUUUGUGUCUUAAUUCCAGUUAAAUUUUACAUACAUUGAUAGUGUAAAUCACCUUUGUUGAUUAUUAACUAUCAUGCGAUUGUGUUACAAAUCUGACAAAAUGUUAUCCAAUUCUCUGAAAAACUAUUGAAGGCAAUGAGUGCGGACAAAUUACAGCGACUUACAGAUAAUAGAGAGACUCCUUUUCUUCUUGGCACUUUGUGCCUUGCCUCUGCAUCUAUGGGCCUUACUUGUUUGGUCAGGAAAGCUUUGCUUUCUUAUGCAUUGCCCAAAGGGCUACACAUUCAUUCAUUUCCACAGAGCAUAGAGUAAUAUUUUGGUUAAUGAUGUAAUAUUUGAUUAUACAGUAAAAGGUCAAGGCUAUUUGCGCUAUCAACAUCAACUGUAAAAUGUAACUGAAAUCAAGGUCAAAUUACUCCUCUGCGCCCUGUGCAAAUAAUAAGAAACCUAGGCCUAUACACUAGUUUAUGUUUCAAACAAUGGAAACAACCCUCCCACCAUUUGUAAUUAUCACCAUUCAUCAAUAGUAAAGUUGAAUGAAAACUUUGAUGCCCCAUUUGUAAUGGAAGAAGAGAUUUACCUCUCAGAUAACUGUGGACUUUGUUUUCAACAGACGACAAAAAGGAAUAUACCGAUGCUAUUUGUGAGAGGUGAUGGUGUCAUUUUAGUUUCUCCACCAUUACGUGUGGGAUUAUAAAGACUGAAAGAAGUUGGCAGUCUAGGAAACGAAACCUACCAAGCAGUCUAGGAGCAGUUCCUUCCAAAAAUAUUUAUUUUAUAGUUUUUUGUUGCUCUUCCGUGUUUUCUCUACAGACAUACAAUGUAAUUUAGUGAAAGAUCAAGUUUGGAAAAAAGUGCUGAUUAAAAUAAUGUUGUCUAGGGAAAUUGAGUAUCAUUCAGUGUACUUAGUCCUUGUUAUUAAAACUUCCUAGUACUUCUGCCAUGUACUUGUAGACAAACUACAGCUUUAUUUCUUGUGCUCUGUUGUCUCAGGAAUUUAAUCAUAUAAAUAAAGCUCUGUUGAAAUUGAGUUAAGUGCUGUUGAGUUUUCAAUUAAAACUGCUAUUAGCACUGGGCCCA